ACGCCGGGAUCAGUCUUUCAUCCGCGGGACCCGGACAAGGUAAAAGUUCGGUAUCCAUUACAAACAAAUCUAUUACCCUUGAUAUCCUGCCUGCUUUGCGCAUUCUAGCUAUUUUUUCGAUUUGCCCCUCUAUAUAUAUCACUAUUCUAACAACCUCACGGAAAACGAAACACAAAACCACCUCUGCGACGACAACAGCAGCAACCAGAAGACUGUAAAAUAUAUUAUCUGGCAGCAUGAAGAGGCCGAGGAACGGGGAAAUAUGGGACUUCGAGCUGGAAAUGCCAGCUAGAUUGGGCUGUCCAGGUGUGCUCCUCGGAUUGGAUGGAGGAACCACGUCGACAGUCUGUGUUUGUAUGGCAAUGCCGUUCUCAGACAGCCUUCCUGAUCCUCCCGAGGUUCUCUCUCAAGCUGUUGCAGGAUGUUCUAAUCAUAACAGUGUUGGAGAGGCAGCAGCAAGAGAGACAUUGGAGCAGGUUAUGGCGGAGGCACUAAUGAAGUCUGGAUCUCAUCGUUCUGCAGUUCAAGCUGUUUGCUUGGCUGUUUCAGGUGUCAACCAUGUAAAUGACCAGCAUCGAAUACUACAAUGGCUGAGACGUAUCUUUCCACACAAUGUCAAGAUCUUUGUCCACAAUGAUGCUGUAGCAGCCUUAGCAAGUGGUACAGUGGGUAAACUUCAUGGGUGUGUGUUGAUUGCUGGCACUGGAACUAUAGCUUAUGGUUUUACGGAAGAUGGCAGGGAAGCAAGAGCAGCUGGUGCAGGACCAAUCUUGGGCGACUGGGGCAGUGGUUAUGGUAUUGCUGCUCAAGCUUUAACAGAAGUCAUCAGAGCUCAUGAUGGGCGUGGGCCUCCCACUGCUCUUACUUCUGCAAUUCUACAAAAGCUUGGACUUUCUUCACCAGAUGAAGUUAUUGGGUGGACAUAUGCAGACCCUUCAUGGGCUCGUAUAGCUGCUCUUGUACCUGUGGUGAAGGCUUGUGCAGAAGCAGGUGAUCAAGUGACACAAAAAGUUUUGCGUAAUGCUGUUCAAGAGCUUGCUGAUAGUGUCAAAGCUGUUGUUCGAAGACUGGGCUUGAGUGGGAAAAAUGGCUUAGAAUCUUUUCCACUUGUCAUGGUUGGCGGUGUCCUCGAGACCGAUGAGGGAUGGGACAUAAGCAAAGAUGUGGUCAAUUGCAUUUCCAAGGACUUUCCAGGAGUAGUUCCAAUUCAACCAAAGGUGGAUCCAGCAGUAGGUGCUGCAAUGUUGGCAUGGAACUUCUAUCUGAGGGCUUCUUCAAAUUGAAACACCAAGCUGUGAGCGCAAAUUCUUUACAUAGAUCGUCUGUAACAUACUUCCUCUUGUCAAAGUAUUUAUUGUGUAACAAUCAAAAGGCACAUAGGAUACAUUUAUUUGAACCAAGUCAUUGCGUUAUGUCUCUUAAAGUUAUUCUUGGAAAUAUCAUUAUUUGGGUACAUACUGUAAUGAUUUUGUCAUGGUCUUCAUCUGGAAACUGCUCAAAAGGAGCUGAGCUCUAUAAAUGUGAGUUCUGCUGAUUUGAUGGUCUUCUAGCAUUUUCUCUCAUCAUUAUUUCUGGGUGACAAAUUUGUCAUCUAUGAAUUGUUAAUUGCUACUUUAUUUGGUUGGCAGCCAAAUUGGCCUAUAAAAUUAGCUUUUUCCAAUUUAACCAAU